AUGUUUCGAGGAAAACUGAGUCCAAAGGCGCAGAAAUUAAUUUUCAUCGGAUAUGCAAACGGCUCCAAAGCAUAUCGACUUCUGGACAAGCAGAAAGGAAAAAUCACAAUCAGCAGAAAUGUGACCUUUGUCGGAGAGGAAGAUUUUGGAAAUACAUCAAAUGAUCCAGACGAGAAGAUUGUACCAUUCGAGCAAGAGCAGGAGCAAAAUGUACCACGGACCGACAAGACAAUUGUGAUCACCAGCGACGAAGAAAGUUUUGAAAAUGCUGGCGAGGACAACGAUGAAGACCAAGAUGGAGAGGACGAGGAACUAAAAAGAUUAUCGCGUAGAAACAAAGGCAGGCCGCCUGACAGGUUCGCAAUCUCCGAUCAUGCCAACAUGGUCAGCACCUUUAUCGUGGAGCCUAGGCGCUAUCGGGCCCUGAUAAAGAAAAAUGGAGUUCGGCCAUGA